AUGGUGCAUUUCAACCUGGAACUGAUAUGGCUCUCCCGCGCAAGCCCGCACGUUGAUCUCGUCUUCGUCCAUGGAUACGGCGGCAAUCCGGAAACUACAUGGCACGACGAAUCUACCGGCAAAAUAUGGAUCAAGGACGAAGAGUUCAUCACUCGCAUAAAGAGGCCGAUUCGCAUCUUCUCCUUUAGCUACAAUGGCGACGUAGAAGCAAACUUGUCAUCGUCCAGCCCAGCAUUCCACGCAAGCGAUCUGCUUUGCUGUUUGGAGCAAGCUCUCGAGAGAUCUGCAGGAAGACCCUUGAUAUUCAUUGCCCACGGCUUUGGAGGCAUCAUUGUGAAGAAAGCGAUCCAGCUGUGUUUCAUGACACCAACCUAUCCGCGGACCAAGAAUGCGCUGGCCGGUGUCGUCUUCUUUGGCACACCACACGCCGACACAGACUCUGAAGCACUUCUCCAAUCAGUCAAGGGGACCAUAGACACCUUUGGUCCAAAGGAUGGAACUAGGAGUGAAGAUGUCAGGGAAUUUGUUUCCAUAGUGAGCCGUAUCAACACCACCUUUAUUGCAUGCAAGCCUAGUUACCUCAGGCUGCUGUCCUUUUGGGAGAAUCUGCCCUCAAAGACCGUUGGAUCGAGUGCCGACUCUCAUAAGGCUCUCGUCGUUCCUCUCCAAUGCCAGAAAGAGAAACUACAAGGAAACACAGAUCACAUAAUAGAGUGCAGCCAUGAGGAACUGCCUCGGUUCUCCAGUAUAUUCAGCGACAGAUUCAUGCAGUUUAUGCAAAUAUUCGCCCAGUUCUUGGUGGACACGCUAUCAGAACGCACCGUACCUACUUUUCCCGCCAAAAUCCCGCGUACACCAUCACGGAUUUUGGAACGACCAAUCCCGAUUGAAGAAAUCCCAGGGAUAAAGAAACUCGAUUUCCCAGUAAUCAAGCAUCGACGAAGGAUUAGGAGCAAGAUUGACGAUGACCUUCAAAGCCGUGAACGGAGGAAGAAGGAGGAGGAAGAAACCGCCUCCAGAGAAAGCUUUCUACGCUCACUAAGCGGCUGGUCAGAUAUCAAUUACGGAAAUGAGCUAUUUGCUGCCGCCGGCACAUGCGAAUGGUUCAAGGAUGGCACCAUCUACAAGAACUGGCUUACGGAUCCAAAGUGUGGCACAAUCUUCUAUAUAGGGGCUCCUGGACAUGGAAAAUCACACUUAGCCCGUGCUGUCUUUACCCAUCUCAAAUCCUUCAAGCCCGAAGACGUUGUUAUGAGCUAUUUUUGCCAAAAGGGAGAAGAGAAGCCGGCAAUUUGGGAGUACUUCACCUGGAAGCUGAUCAAGGAGUGGCCAGACUGGUUUUUGCACGUUCCUAUCCAAUUCCGCCGCAGCAACGAUGAAUCCAAUCCUCGUCUCGACUCAUCGUCGUAUGCCGAAAUAUGGACCGCGUUUCGGAAAGUUUGCUCGCCGCGUACAAUAUAUCUAGUCGUGGAUGGACUUGAGCAAACGCCUUCAGCCAACUUCACCGAAUUCUUUGCCCUAAUAGAGCACUUGAGGCAGCCGAUCGUUUUGGGACCGGAGAGCCGCUCUAGCAACCCGCUCGAUAUGCCGACAAAGGUCAAGCUAGUCAUAACGAGCCGAUGGACAGACGCUACCUAUUCGGCCUCAAGUACUACCUCAUGUUGCACUCUACCAGAUGAGGAUAUUAGAAAAGACGUCUCCACAUACCUGAACAAGAGGUUCUUGGCUAUUUCCAACACUAGACAGAAAUCAGGCCAAGACCUGAUACAAAAGAUCAAAGAACGAGUCAUUCAAAAAGCAGGAGCCUAUUGGCUCUAUGCUAAACUUGCGGCCGACGAAAUUGAGAGAUUGUAUAGUUUGAACCCGGUCCAAGAGAUUCAAGAAGAUUACAUUCCAACCGAGUUGGCACGGCUCUACGAGCAGAAGAUGCUGCCUUUACUGCAAUCCGCCAACAACAGCGAAAGGCAUCUGCGUACAGUUCUCACCUUGAUAGCCUCCGAAGGCAUUGGCCUCGCUUUUUCUAUCAAGCAACUCGACAGUAUUCUAGAGUGUUUGUAUGGCCAAGAUGAUAUGCCAGUGGAAAGUAUUGCCAAAUCCAUGCAACAGUACUGCGGAGACUUGUUCUGGGUCAGCCCAGCCGACUCCCUCAUCUUUUCUGUUCACUCUUCCGUUCGAAGCCAUCUAAGCAACUACCUCUCCCUGGAACACAGGCAAACCAACAUGGCUUUCGUCUGCCUUACAUAUCUACUUCAAGAUCGAUUUUGCGACUGCCUGCCUCUCUCGUGGACUGACAAAGAGGGUACCUCUGAGAGAAUGGCCAAGACGGCUGCGUUUUACGGCUUUGCGUCUCAAUGCUGGCUGACCUAUCUUCCCAAGCUGAAGACACUCAAUCCACAAUUGGUUCCGCUGUUGCAAAGAUUCCUGUCCCCCGACUGCCCGCAGUAUCAGACGUGGCUACAUUGGAAAUCAUGGCUCGUCAGCGAAAAGGGAGAACUACCGGCCGAGGAUCCGAUCAUGGCCAUGGUUCGAGAGGGCUGCCUUGCCGUCAUACAGCAUUUCUUUCCGGCAUCAGAGUCUCCCCGUGCUCCUUGGAAGAGCAGGUUCGGAAGCUGGACCCAAUUUGUACCGUUUCCAAACGCUCAGUUCUCUGAUAAAUUUGCGGGAAAGUGGCCCGAUAUCACAGGUCUGCAUGGCCAUACUCUCCUAAUGGCAGCGGCGCUUAGUGGAAACCGCGGUAUGGUCGAGCACGUUUUACAAUGGAAUGUCGACGUGAAUGCGCGCGAUGAAGGUGGAAGGACGGCGCUCACACUUUGCCUUACCUCGGAUCGAUUGAUGGGUGCCAAGGCCCAAGAUCAAAAUAUAUACGACGUUGUCGAAACACUGCUACUCAAUGGAGUCAGUCCAAACAUAUGUGACCAUCACGGCAUCACGCCUUUGCACGUGGUAUGCGUUCGCGGCAGACACGAGCUUGCUCAUCUCCUGAUCAGGUUCGGUGCCUUGCUCAACGUCACGGAUACAUGGGGUAUUACGCCGCUCGAAAGGGCAUACUCUGCCGGAAAGGUUGAGCUUGUUAAGUUGCUCAUCGACUUUGGUGCAGACGCAGAAGCAUGGAUGCUGGGUGGAGAGCCACCCCUGGCAAGAUGCAUAUUUGACGGCAAACUUGACAUGUUCAAUGCCUUUCUCCCUUUUGCAGAUAUUAACCAGGUCACCAUGCUUGGGUUCGCACCAAUUCAUCUUGCCAGCGAUGGCGCCGACAGGACAGAAUUUCUUCGGAUACUGCUUUCAAGGCCAGGAUUGGAUCUGGAUGCUGUAAGCUCACUGACCGAACGUUUUCAUGUCAAGCGCACUACAGCUAUUGGAUUUGCCGUCAAUAGCCGUAACUAUACGGCACUGGAAUGGCUUCUGGAAGCUGGAGCAUACCCUGGAAUGCUGCCCAUGGUGAGCGUGCCGCCGCUUCACGAUGCCGUUAUUGUUCAGGAUAGGUCCAUGGUUGAGCUGCUGUUGGUCUACGGAGCACCGGUAAACGACUUUAGGCGCAACUGGUUUCCAUUUACUGCGCUGGGCCAUGCCGUGGAUCUAGGCCUGGAAUCCAUCGUGGAUUUACUUCUACAAAACGGCGCAGAUGCCUCUAUCGAAGAAGGCUACGGCGUUGCCGCGUUACUUGAAACAGCCGUGACGAGGGUUGGCCCCCCCACCCCUAAGAUCAUAAAGAAGCUCUUGGAGUCGCUUCAUCCUCCUAAUGUCAACUAUUUCAAAGAUGACGAAGAUCACUGUAUAAUAGGCGCCGUCGACCAAGGCGAUGCUGAAACCGUGUCGAUUUUGCUGGAGCAUGGAGCAGAUAUGAGCAUCUAUCUCAACUCCGGCGAAAGAGUAUCACCCUUGCACAAGGCAGCCAGAAAAGGCAAUGUCGAGAUGUGCGAUAUUCUGUUGAAGCAUGAGCCGAAUCUUCUCGAUCUUCAGCUGGAAAAGGGGUUCAUGGUUGAAACCCCCUUAAAUGCGGCAUGCCAUCGGAAGAAGAAAGAUGUUGUCCGCUUUCUCCUGGAUAGGGGCGCCAAGGUAGACCAGGUCAGCUACUACUAUAAGGAAUCGCCUCUAUUCACCGCCUGUGAUGUGGGAGACAUGGACAUUGUCAAGAUGGUUCUAGAAGCUGCGCCUCAUAUGAUCAAUGUGCCUACGGUCUACAAUUGCACCCCGCUCGCAUUUGCUUGCAGCCAUGGGAAUCUCGACAUGGUCAAGCUAUUGAUUGACGCCGGAGCAGAAAUGUAUCUUCCUAACGGCGCUGGCACUACGAGCGCGUUCAGCCGGAUCUUUGAUGCCAAGGGCGAUAAACCUUUCAAGACUCUUCAACUGUUGCUGAACAAUGGCCUGGACCUGCACGCCGUCGACAAUGAGACUGGGCUUACCGUUCUUGGGUGGGCCAUAAUAGACGCAGAAGCAAGGCACGUCAAAUGGCUUCUUGAGCAGGGUGCCGAUCCGCUGCGUGCUCAGAGGGGCCCUGGUGGUGAGGAGACGUGGCAGACAGCCAUCCAAGUUGCUGCCCAUUCGAGCAACAAAAACAUCAUGCCCAUUAUAGAUUUGCUGCUUGAGCCGCGCUGGGGCUUGCGGGAACAUUUAACUCACAGGGACUAUCAAGGAGGUACCCUUGUGCCUGCCCUAGCCCGGUCCCGAAAAGGCGCGGAAAUCAUAUCCCGCCUCAUGUCCGCGUGUGACACCAUCUUCAAGGAGACUGGUAAUGACAUCUUCUCCGCCAUCAUGGACCAACCUAGCCACGCCGGGCUGACUCCCGUUGACUAUGCAAUGGGCAACUUCGAUGCCAAACCCGAAGCACUGCCUGACCUGGACAAACUCAUCAUUUCUCGAAUAGAUGAGCUUCUUGCUGGCCCUCGCACGAUAGAAAUCCAUCUUCUCACGCUGGAUUACGUCGCCAUACUCCUUUUUCAACGUGGUGGAUACGAUAUAGACGCCAGGGUUUUGGCCGAGUUCAUACUCACCAGACCUCAGGUUCGAUGGAAUGACGAUGAGGGAUAUUACAUGGGCUCCGUCGCCCUGCAGCAGUGCUUCGUCUGCGACAAAUCUAUUUACGACCCUUACAUUUACUGCACCCUCUGCGAGAACUCGUGGUGCUCGGACUGCAAAGACAAGGACGACACCAUCAGUCUACACAAACACAAAUUCUUCCCCAUCGAGCUCCGCAAAGACCUAGACAUGAAUGCAGCGGACAUUCAAGAAAUCCUAGAGAGGAUACACAAGCAGAUCACGUCCAACUUGGCGUCCAUUGAGAAACAGCCACAGCAGGGUGGCGACGUACUCACCAGCAACUCCCCAACACAUGCAGAACCUUCGCCUCCCGCACCCGGUCAAGCCUCUCUACCGCUCGCCACGCUUCACGCCUUCAACUUCCUAGCAAUCACCCGACCCAUCUGGACGCCCUUCCUCCCACUCUCCCCCUCCGCCCAAGCCCUCGUCGACCCAUGGCACGCUCUGUGGUCUCGCGAAUACGAAUACCGCCGCUGGCGGAGCUUCAUGGAGAGGAGAAGCAUGAACUACGAGAACUCGGCUUGGAGACGCUUCCAGGAACUACAGUACUUGAAACGGGGGUUCACGAGAGCGUAUACCGAUCAAGAACGGGUGAGGCAGGAUUUAGUGCUCUGUGAUGUACGGCGACUGUUCAAUGAGAAGAAGGUUGAGGUUAGGCCGACGCCGCCGAGGAAGUGGCCGCCGGUGGUGAGGAAGAGGCAGUGA